UUGAAUGAAUUUUAUGAGUAUUUUACAAGUGUAAGAUUGAUCACACAGCCUCUUACACACCUAGGACCCAUGCACGAAACAUUCAUAAAAAGCACAAAUGGAUACACUAAAUUGACGAAUAAAAAUAAAUUUAACCUGUAUUCUAGUUCACUAAUCUCAAAAUCACUAAUUCACGAAGAUUUGAUACAGGAAUUAAAAAAUGAUAAAAACGUAAAUAUAACUCUACUAAAUGAACCUGAAGAACACAGACUCUUUAACGAAGAAGAGGAAGAAGAGUUGGACGAGGAUGAAGAUGAAUUGGAAGCAGAGUUUAUGGAAGAACAGGAAGAAGAGCCCGAAGAGAAGGCGAGUAAUAGCGCAGAGGUAGGAGAGCUAUGGAAUAAAUAUAAGCACCUAUUUAAGCCUUUGGAGACGAAGGAGGAGAAGGAAGAAAGAAUAAUGAAGUUGCCAGUGAAAAAGAUAAAGGUAGAAGGAGUGGAAGUGGAAGUAAGAAUGGGAACCCUGGGCCUACCAUGGUAUAUCGACGAAGAAAACAAGAAAAAGUUAGAAUCGACAUACGACCCGGACGUACUGGAAGACAUAAAGGCAACUCACGGAGGAGAACCAUUCCAUUUCCCAAUAAUAAAGGAGGAAAAGGAAGGAGACUGGGUGCCACUGCCAGGAAUAGAAGCAACCUACUUCCCGAAAGUGAAGGUGCUGGACCAUAAAGCGAACAUCCCGGACUACGAGUACGUGACACUGCUACACGACGCAGGGAGGAAUUACACGUGGACGUACGAGAGUUCGACCGACACCAGAGCAAAAUCAUACGAAGGAGAAGGACCACUGGAAACAUAUGAAGUAGUAAAAGGGAAAAUAAAGACUAAAGAAAAAAAGGAAGUGGGAAAAUAUAGACCAUAUAUACCGAAGGAUUAUUUUACGUCUCAAAAGGGUAAAAUGGAAUUUUAUCCAAGGAAGAGUCUGGAUGUAGGAAUAUACAGGCAACCAAAAUUGGAAGAAUUGUUAAACAUAAAAUUCAGAUGCAAAUCAAAUAGUGAUAUUAAGGAGGGAGAGCUAGGAUACCACAGGGAAGAACAGAACUUUUGGAAAAAGGCGGAUUACAGUAGGGAUAACGGAGAUAAGCCAGGAAUGGUGUACAGAGAGUUGGGGAAAACAGGAAUGAAGAUAUCGCAAGUGGGUCUGGGCACGAUGAUGUUUGGGUCAGCGCUGACCGAAGAAGAGUCGCACAAGCUGCUGGACUACGCGCACGACAAGUUCGGAGUAAACUUCUUCGACACAUGUGAGCUGUACCCAGUGCCAUUCUCACAUAAAAGUUACGGAAUGGCGGAGGUAAUCUUGGGAAACUGGAUAAGGAAGAGAGGCCCCGAGGUUAGAUCUGAGAUAGUGGUGUCGACAAGGAUAGCGUGCAGAAACGAAAACCUGAAGCUGAUAAGGAAUUCAAGAGACACGAGUCUAUCAAAGGAGAAUAUAAUCAAGGCGGUGAAUUCGUCGCUCGAGAGGAUGGGUCUGGAGUACAUAGACCUGUUGCAGUUCAGCUGGCCGGACAGAUACGUGCCAAUGCAGGAGAGCGGCGACUACGAACAGAUGUUUUUCGACACAGAAUCUAUGAAGAAGAUAACGCCAGUUAAAAUGGAGGAACAGCUGGAAGCAAUAGAUGAGUUGAUGAAACAAGGAAAGAUAAGGGCUUGGGGACUUUCAAAUGAAACGCCCUGGGGACUGUUGAGUUUUUAUCACCUAGCGAAGGAGAUGGGAGUGGAGCCGCCGUGUUCAGUGCAAUUAAACUAUAAUUUGUUGAGUCGAAACGAAGUGGAAAAGGGAUUUGUGGAGAUAGUAAGGCCGCAGAACACAGGAAUAGGAAUUAUCGCAUACGGACCCUUGGCAGGAGGAAUACUGACGGGAAAGUAUCUGGAGUACAUAGAGUCGACGACCUCAGCAAGGCUCCUUAAGUUCCCUUCCUACAUGAAGAGAUAUAGGGGAUCACUGGCUGCAAGAGCAGUGAAGGAGUACAACGAGGUGGCAAUGGAGUUCAAGCACCCGAACAUGACGACGAUGGCGCUGAAAUGGGUUUAUUCAAGGCCUUUUAUACUCUCCACGAUAAUUGGAGCAAGUGACCUGUACCAACUUAGGGAAAACCUGUACAGCAUGGACGAAGAUCUGCCAAUAACAGACCUGAUGGAGAGAAGAAUAAAUCAAAUACACUGGAAGUGGAGAGACCCAGUGAGAAUAAUACAAUAG